ACAGAUCCCUCCCAUAUGGACGAAGACUGCCCUGGUUUUCGACCCGAGAGGGGCGCAUACAUACGUCCUGGCGACCCAAUCCCUGGUAUCUCACAACCAAAUGGAGCCAAGCAAUACAUCACACUUAAAGUAUUCAAGGAUAUGGCAUCAGGGGAUUGGUUGGUGCACUAUGGGUUUAAUAACAAGCAUCCUGAACUCGUCGGGCGCAUCCCUUUGUCAUUCUUCAAAAGUCUAUCUUACUCUGCCAUCAAUAUGUGGUUUGGAGGCAUUGUAGUUACUAAUGUAACUUUUCAACCAACACCUCUUCCACCUCCUAUGGGCAAUGGUUACAUGGCAGUUGACGGUGGCAAUAUGGCAGUAUCCACGAAAAACCUUCAGUUCAUUGAUGGGCAAGGACGAGCUUGGUCGGCAGAGAAUGAUUUGAUUGGCUUCUCCACCAAUGAGAAUAUCUACACCUUCACAUCUAUUGUUGGUGACCAGUUUUUCUACGGUGGCCCCUUUCGGCAGCCACCUUUGGCUUAG